CAAGACAAACCCUGGGCACCUCAUUUCACCUGCGAGCACUGCAAAAAAACUCUGGAAGGAUGGUACAGAGGGGAAAAGAGAGCCAUGAAGUUUGCUAUCCCAAGAAUUUGGCGGGAACCCACUGACCACUCAAGCAACUGCUACUUCUGCAUGGUGGACCCUUCCAAACGUCGGACUGGCAAGAAUGCACCUGCUAUCACGUAUCCGGACCUUCCUUCAUCCAUCGCCCCGGUGCCACACUGCCAUGAGCUCCCCGUACCCACUCCUCCGGAGAGAGAGCAGCCGUCUUUAGAAGAGAGCAGCAAGUCAGAGAGCGAGGAAGACGUUGUAGAUCCAGAUGACAAUUUCAGAGGUGGAGCUGAGGAGAGAAACCCAUACUACCCCAACCAAAAAGACCUCAACGACUUGAUUAGAGAUCUUGGUCUCACCAAGUCCAGUGCCGAGCUUUUGAUGUCUAGGCUCAAGCAGUGGAACUUGUUGGAUGAAAGUGUGCAAGUCGCAGAUCAGAGGAAGCGUCACCAACCUUUUUCCAGCUUCUUCACCCGUCAAGAUGGGCUCUGCUUCUGCCACAAUGUGACCAGUCUGUUCGAGGCAAUCGGAAUCGCCUGUAACCAGAAUGAGUGGUGCCUCUUCAUUGACAGCUCAUCCAGGAGCCUCAAAGCCGUGCUGCUCCAUAAUGGUAACAAGUACCCGUCUCUUCCCCUGGCUCACUCGGUGCACCUCAAAGAGGAUUACAACAGCAUCAAGACCUUGCUGGACGCCUUGAAGUAUGAUGAGGACGGCUGGGAGGUCAUAGGAGACUUCAAAAUGGUGGCAUUCCUGAUGGGUCUCCAAGGAGGUUUUACCAAGUUUCCCUGCUAUCUUUGCCUUUGGGACAGCAGGGACACCAAGGCGCACUACCACAGGCAGGACUGGCCACAGCGGACCGAGUUCUCUGUGGGGAGGAACAACGUCAAGUGGGAGCCACUGGUGGACCCCCGGAAGGUGCUGAUGCCACCACUGCACAUCAAAUUGGGCCUUAUGAAACAAUUUGUCAGAGCUCUAGAUAAGGAGUCGGCAGCCUUCAAGUACCUUCAAGACUUCUUCCCUAAGCUGUCUGAGGCAAAGGUCAAAGCCGGUGUCUUCGUCGGACCACAGAUAAAGAAGAUCCUGGAGUGCAAUGAAUUCCCCAAGAAGCUCACUAGUAAGGAGAAAGCGGCUUGGAACAGCUUUGUCGCAGUGGUUCGGGGCUUCCUGGGCAAUCACAAGGCCGAAAACUAUGUGGAGCUGGUUGAGACUCUGGUGAAGAACGACGGCACAAUGGGCUGUAGGAUGUCCCUCAAAGUCCAUAUCCUUGAUGCUCAUCUUGAUAAAUUCAAGGACAACAUGGGAGCGUACUCGGAGGAGCAAGGCGAGCGCUUCCACCAGGAUAUACUGGACUUUGAACGCUGCUACCAAGGACAGUAUAACAAGAACAUGAUGGGAGACUACAUUUAGGGGCUGAUUCGUGAAAGUGAUUUACAGUAUAAUCGUAAAU